GAUGGCGGACUUCCUGCCAUCCCGAUCCCUUUUAUCGGUUUGUUUCCCCAACUGUCUCCUCACCAACAGUGAGGCAGAACAAUUAAGGAAAUCUAAGGAGAUAGACAAGGGUAUUUCCAAGGAUAAAAACUACGUGAAGCGCCUUGUGAAGAUCUUAUUACUCGGAGCUGGCGAGAGCGGCAAAUCCACUUUCCUCAAACAGAUGCGCAUCAUACACGGCCAGGACUUCGAUCAGCGGGCCAAAGAAGAGUUCCGGGCUACGAUCUACAGCAAUGUAAUCAAAGGGAUUCGGGUGCUGGUGGACGCCAGAGAGAAGCUGCACAUCCCCUGGGGGGACCCCUUGAACCAGGCGCACGGGGAGACCAUGAUGGGCUUCAACACGCGCUCCGCCCUCAUGGCCAACGGCAUGGUGGAAACCAAGGUGUUCCUGCAGUACCUGCCCUCCAUCCGCGCCCUCUGGGCGGACAGCGGGGUCCAGAACGCCUACGAUCGCCGCAGGGAGUUCCAGCUGGGGGAAUCUGUGAAAUAUUUCCUGGAUCAUUUGGAUAAACUCGGGGAGCAUGACUACCUCCCCACGCAGCAGGACAUCCUGCUGGCCCGGAAGCCCACCAAGGGCAUCCACGAGUACGACUUCCAGAUCAAGAACGUGCCCUUCAAGAUGGUGGACGUGGGCGGCCAGCGCUCGGAGCGCCGCCGCUGGUUCGAGUGCUUCGACAGCGUCACCUCCAUCCUCUUCCUGGUGUCGUCCAGCGAGUUCGACCAGGUGCUGAUGGAGGACCGGCAGACCAACCGGCUGGUGGAGUCGCUCAGCAUCUUCGAGACCAUCGUCAACAACCGCGUCUUCAGCAACGUCUCCAUCAUCCUCUUCCUCAACAAGACAGACUUGCUGGAGGAGAAGGUCAAGACUGUGGCCAUCAAGGACUACUUCCCCGAGUACCAGGGCGAGCCGCAUGGCCUGGCCGAUGUGCAGAAGUUCCUGGUGGAGUGCUUCCGCAGCAAGCGCCGGGACCAGCAGCAGAAGCCGCUCUACCACCACUUCACCACGGCCAUCAACACAGAGAACAUUCGGCUGGUGUUCCGGGACGUCAAGGACACCAUCCUGCACGACAACCUCAAGCAGCUCAUGCUGCAGUGACGUCGGAGAGCGGCGUCUUAAGUGACGUUUAGAGGGAGGCCGGCUCCGCCCCGCCGCCCCCCGGCCCCUCCCUCUCGCC